AUGAGUCGGGCUAUUUUCUACAUGGCCCUCAUGGCUGCCAAAGCGCAGAUCUUUGCUUUCAAAGUGAGCUUCGUGUGUAGCGUUCCAGCAUCUUAUUCUAUUGGUAGCAUGAAGCGCUUAAUUCAAAUGAACUGUGACAAGGUCAAAAAGUCCAUCAAGGAUUUUGACUCUUUGGGUUCUGGAGACUCAGAAUUGGACAGAGGCCUGAUGAUGCUUCUGGGCGAUCAAUACAACAUAGAUAGCUUGCAACUGGACGGCACCGCGCGUGGGUCGCUGGAGCAAACCGAGGCGGCCAUGUGGAGGCUAUCCGAGAAUGAGACCAGCAUGAGAAUCCUUGAAGCUACCAACCUGGCAGUCAAUGCGUGGGGCUCUGUGAUGCUGCAGGGCCGGAAGUGCUGCACCUUACCAGGUCCACCAUUCUGCAUUGACACGAGCUGGUCUGCUUCAACUGUUGCUUUGCUGGUGCCAGUAGUUUGCCUUGCCAUUCUGUUCACGAUCUCCGUUGUCUCCUCUUGGAUACUGCCGCAGCCGACAAAGGAGCCUGAGCAAAUGACGGAGCGUGAUGAAACUUUCAUCAGCCGCCCUGGAUCCCGUACCCCUCGCGUGUCCUGCCGCAGCGAGCUGAAACAACAGCUGGAGCUGGAAUGGACUGAGCGCCAUUGCCUUCGUGUCCUACCUGGUGCCGGGGAAUUUGCGAAUUCAACGUCAAGCCUGUUCGGGGCGCUGAAGGAGUCCUUCGAUUUUCAAGUUGAUAGUGUGCGGAAUCAAUAUGAGCACCUGCUGUCCCUGUGGCGCUCCCAGUGUGCCAUGGUUGCUGAUCGCGCCAUGGGUGAGGGUUCAUCUGUCAACGAGGGGAUCAUGCUGCAAGAGGCCUUGGAUGACGGUAGGGCUGUGGCAGAACUUUACUACGAAAUGAUGGAUGGGUUCCUGCGCUGGCGGGCAAAGCUGGCUGAUCACGAGUCUGCUGCAGUGCCUCCGCUGUCCGAGGAUGAGCCUCGGCCUGUCGGGGGUGCCAAGUGGGAGCCAUUGCAGCGAGACUGGGCCAUGUUGAUGUUCUAUGCUGGAAGAGAGGGCCUGGACCCUGCUGCGGCUGCAGCCUCUAGGAACGGGGCGCCAAUCAAGUCGCCGUCCGGCUUUGUCAUUGCAAUCCUAAGCCUACAGUCUGAAAUGUCUCUGCUUCUCGGACGUUGCGCUCGGCAUGACAUGCGUACCACGUCUGCAGUCUACUUCAUCACAGAGCUGGCCUUAGCUGCAAACCCUGCAGACUUCGAGGAGGUCUACGGGGUGGCCAUCCCAGAGCCCAGCUUGCCAGGGGCCCCCUUCAGGAGCAACCUUUUCCUCGGCAAGAUCAUCCGUCCGAUCUACAAUGUGGUCUUUGAUGAGUGGUAUCAGUAUGUCGACAUAGACCAGAACACCCAGAAGGACAAAAAGAAGCUCAAACCUGGGCUUGACAAUUUUCUGCUGCCAGAUGCCGCAGCCUCAGGUUGGUCAAAUGACUCUUGCUGUCGCGCGCUGUCUCGCGGUCACUCUGUCGCUGCUCGCUCCUCGUUCACCUUUCAUCCACCUGCACAGGUAGCAAACUACGAUGAGUCUUGGCCCAGCAUCAGCUGUUUUGUCAGGCAUCUGGUUCUAGAAGUGAGGCCAUGCGAAAGGCUGCUCCACCCAUCCAAGGAUUGGGACGAAUUUUUCUGUGAUCCGAGCCGGAUGGUCGAGGGGUUGCUGCUUCAGGAUGGUACUCGCCUCUUCGACCUGCAGCAUGAGCGACGGUUUUUGGCGCUACCCAGUACCGUCACGGGUGAUCCAGAAACAUCUGCAGAUGGCAAGGUGCCUCUGUUAGGGCAAAGCGCGCCUGUACGCUUUGCCGCGGUGGCGUUGGUGGUGCCACUGCACGCCCUGCUUUGGGCUUGUGCACGGUGGCAAGUCACUGGGCGCAUCCUAAGGAUGCAAGCGCCCUGUGUGUGUGUUAGCAGAAGCAUUUGGAAGACGGUGUGGUGGACGCUGCCUAUCAUUACUUACGUGGCCAUUCGGGACUCCACACUGGGAGAUGACAGCCAAUUUGGCCUACCGCUUGCGCCCCUGCUUGUCUUGCACUUUGCGCUGUCCGGCACGGGGUUGAUCUACCUGCUGCUGAUCCCUUCUGGAAGCUGCUUGCGCAGCUGUGGCAGCCACUCAGACAAGAUGUGGGACUUGACUCCGGUCCCCUGCUACAUCCGCAUGGUGCGCUACCUGUUUUGGAUAUUAGUUUUCACGGUGAAGUUCAUGCUUGGGCUAAUAAUUUUCCGAGCCAUGUAUGAUGCAACCGUCGCUCUUCAAAUUGCUCUUCCUGGACGCGAAUCCGUGUCCGAACUGUCGGAGAUCUACUACAGCACUGAAUGGGGAUCAGACUUCCUCUUAUGGUUUGUGCUGUGGUUCACCACCCUGGUGCUCUUCAUCUCGGACACCCAGUUGUGGUUCACGUUAAUGUGCUCAGUGCUGGGCGUGGCAACCGUCUUUGUGCAGCGCGGCUGCCGAGUUGUCAGCUGGGCCCUAGAGGACUCCGUUGCAAAGCUUCCGGAGCGAUUCUCUCGCAAGGUCUUGCCGUACUCCUUUGCCGGCACUGACGGACGAUCAGGUGAGCAGGUGGCGCAGUUCUCCCCGUUCUUCCCUGCAAUCUGGGACAGGAUUUUAGAGUACAUGCGCUACGAAGACAAGAUUGACAACCACUUGAUGGGAGACCUGUCCUUCAAGUCUGGUGAGUCAGGGCAUCAGGUCUACUGGAGGCAACUGCGACAACCCUUGGCCAAGCGAAGGCGUGAGGCUGUCACUCCAGUAGCCGCUGCCGCUGCUGGCAUUGUCGUGGAGGAGUCCGACUUCAUGACUGGUAGCUAUGCAGCCACAACAGUUCGGGAGAAGCCUCCGCCGAAACCUCGGCGGAAGGUGAAGGUUCCUGACAUCUUCCGUGAGAAGACAGCUUUUGAAGUGGGUUUCAAGACGUACUGCUGCAUGCACGACCCGCACUGGCCAGCAAAUCCUGAUGUGCAGUGGCGGAUUCUGGCUUUGUCCAGAGGCCUUGGCCUGCCAGUGCCGCGACCCUUCCGGGCUCCAUAUUUUCCCGGACUCACGGUCUGCAUCCCGCACUACGGGGAGUCCAUCCUCAUGCUGAAGAAGGAGCUCUUCCAGGGCAGGGAAGAGACGGUCCCGCUCAUGGACUGGCUGGCAGCCAAGUACGAGGAGGAGUUUUUGACCUUCUCCAACCGAAUGCAGGUGAAGUGGGGCGAGAGCGGCUGGCCUGUGGCUGGAAGCCAGUGGGAGGAGUACACAGACCAGCAGUGGAGCAGGAUCAGUGCAUGGGCAUCCAUGCGCAUGCAGACGCUCUGGCGGACUGUUGCUGGCAUGUGCCUUUACCAUCCAGCACUUCAGUGCCACUGGGAGGUGCAAGCUGACCGGACGAGCAGUCUGGCAAAGCCUGGAAUUUGGAACCCCAGCGAUUGUUUCACCUGCCUGGUUUCCAUGCAGAUGUACAAGUUCUUUGACAAGACCCAGCUGGAGCACACCAACAGGAUGUUCGCAAAGUUUCCGGACUGUCUCAAGGUGGCCUUCAUCGAUUGCGAAGACAAGGGGAUCACAGCGGAGUCUGACCUAGUGCAUCCCAAGCAGAAGCGACGCUACUACAGCAGCCUCAUCGACGCUGCUUGUGAGGAUUUGCCCACAGGACUGAAGAAGGCAAAAUAUCGUGUGGAGUUGCCGGGCUAUCCUAUCCUUGGGGACGGCAAGGGUGACAAUCAAAACCAUGCCAUUCCGUUCAUGCGCGGGCUAUUCACCCAGUGCAUCGAUGCAAACCAGGGUGCGUACUUCGAGCAGAUGAUGCUGUUACCUUGUGCCUUGGGUGAAUUCCGCUCAAGGCGGAGAGGCGAUGGGAUGUCGAAGCGCAUCGUCGGCUUCCCAGAGCAUAUCACCAGUGAUAUUGGAUCAAUUGGUGACUUCGCGGCCUCAGCAGAAGUUGCUUUCGGGACAAUCCUGCAGAGAACCUAUGCCGUGCUGGGUGCCCGAAUGCACUACGGCCAUCCAGAUAUUAUGAACAAGCUCGCCAUGAUGCAGCAGGGUGGCGUGUCCAAAGCCACGAAGACAGUGAACCUGUCCGAGGACAUCUUCGCAGGUAUGGAUUUCACGCUCCGCGGUGAGGGGAGAUCCAUCAAGCACUCGGAGUAUUUCCACCUGGCGAAGGGCCGGGACCUGGGUUUCAACACAGUCUUGGGCUUCUUCUCCAAGCUGUCCUCGGGAACCGGCGAGCAGGUCUUGACGCGACAAGCUUUUCGGCUUGGUCAAGUUCUACAGCUUCCCGAGGCGCUGACUUUCUACUAUGCUCACGUGGGCUAUUACUUCACGCAGCUCUUCGUAUCGUGGAGCAUGCCCCUGCUGGUCUUUGUCUGGCUGCUAGUGCUGCUGGCAGAUGAGGUGCGCGGUGGCGUUUUUGAGGCUUUCCUCAACCUGAACCAGGAUACGCUGUCGUCAGCUGAAGUGAUGGCCAAAACAGUUGGAGUAUGGUUCUCCUGGCUGCUGUUGCUUUUUCUGGUUGCGACUUCGCUCCCCUUGCUGGCGGAGAUGUGGAUGGAGCGCAACUGCAAGGUUGCCUUCGAGCGGUUCUUGAAGCAGAUGUUUACCCUGUCACCGCUGAUGUUCAUCUUCCAGGCCAAGAUCAUUGGCCAUUACGUCAUCAACGAGAUCCGCUAUGGUGGGGCCACAUACGUCAACACAGGAAGAGGCCUGCCAACUGAUCGUCGCCCCUUCAUUGGCGAAGCCUUGCCUGGUAAGUUCCAAUUGAAAAAGGUGGGCGGGCUCUACCUUGACUAUGCAGCCAUAGCUUACUACGACGGUGUGACACUGCUGGCUGGAGUGGUGCUGAUCUUGAUCUCUGGCGGUGUUUCAGGUGCCGGGGAGUAUGCUGGAGAUGUAUGGUGGAUCUUCAUCUGCCUCGGGCUUACGGUGGCCUCCUGGCUGUGGGCACCCUUCAUCUUCAACCCAUACCAGUUUGUGUGGAAGCACUUCCGAGAGGCCGAUUGCGUUGCGCGUUGGCCUGCACGCACUCUCUCCGAGGACAAGCUGCUGGAAGCACUCACACGAAAGAUCAGGUGCCUGAGAUCACUGGAACUCGAGCCAGAGGAGUCCAAGAACUGGCAGGCUUUUCAGACGACAAAGGUUCAGGACUUCCUCCAGAACCCUGUGCUUCGACCUGCGGAGCGUCUCUCGGGCAAUCCGAGCAUCCUGGAGGUCGCGGGCGAGUUCCACCUCUUCUUACCCUGUGCUUCCGGCAUUGUCCACCUUUCCUCCCGCGAUGGAUUAUCAAAUUGGACCAUCACCGAGCUGGCGGUGGGUUUGCCGGGGGCUGUGUGCCCCUUUGUCCGAGUUGUGAAGGGCAUAGCGCACCUUUUUUACGAGCAGCGUGGGGAGUUUACCUUCCACCCUGCACAAAUUUUCCUUAAAACUGCGCCAGUGCCCGAAGAGUCAGCAGCCUGGUGCUGGAGCAAGCCCCAGAAAGUGCUGGAGCCUCAGCUGGAGUGGGAGAAAGUCGGGAUGUCGCGUGUUGGCAGCCCCUUCGCUGUGCACGACGAAAAGAGAGAACGUUGGUUGUUGUACUACUCCGCAUCCGUAACUUUUCUGACAGACGCCGGGCUUGACGAGCCCAUGUACAUCGGUGUUGCUGAAGCGCCAGCCCUCGAAGGGCCUUACCAGAGACUGUCGCAGACGCCGCUUUUCAGGACAGCUUCGGAUGUCCAUCCGCAGAUUAUUGGUGCAGGCUCGUUCAAGAUGAUUGAAGGUUUCGAAACACUGGAAGGGGAACCAAAUUCAGGAGACCAAUCACAGAGAAGGCUGCUAGCGCUGCAGAAUCGCAUCACCAGAACCGUCACCGGCGUCACCGGCUCCAGCAUUGCACUGCUGGCCAGUACAGAUGGCAUGUCCUGGAGUGUGCUUGAUGCGAACUUCCUCACCCCUACGGAGCGGCCAGGGUGGAAGAUGGCCUACAUGCUUGCCUUCGACACCAUAAUGCCUUCAUCUGAUUCCGAGCACAUAUUCCUGUACUAUCAUGCCCGCGAAGAGCACCCCGGCUCCCAAGGAUAUGUUGGAGUGUCACGAAUCCAGCGGUCAUUUCUUGAAGAGCUCGCUUGCAGCCAGGAUUUCCGUGGUCUUGUGGCCUUCUUCUUGGAGGCAAGCGGUCGCCACUGGGUGGAGUGGUAUGACCGUACUCAGCUGAAGCCGAGAAGCGCUGGACUUCAUCGGUCCAUGGUGGACAUCACGUUUGUAGUUGCCGUCUUCUUUCUAGCUGCAUGGUAUGCCAUGAUCAACAUGAAGAUCGAUGCCCUGAUGCUGGCCUACUCAGGUGCCGUCUCCGGCAAUAUGCUGCACAUUGCAGUGCUUCUGCCGCCGAUCGGCGCCUCUUCUGUGUACUGCAUCUUGGCCGUGCUCUUUGAGACGUUCGUCGGCUGUUCAUCAAUUCUGCGGCGUCGACUGCUAAGACCCAAGCGCUCGAAAGCGAAGAGCUUCAGAUUUAGCUCCGGCAAGUCGUCCGGCAGUGUGGAGGACUCUAAGCAUGCGAGACGAGACGUCGAAGCAGGCACACGCGAGUCAACAGCUGUCACGGAAGAGGAGGAAGAGGAAGAGGAAGCACCACAUGCGACAGCACAGGACCGAGAUGUGGCACCAGUGCCAGCCAGUGCUGCCCCACCAGCGGGCACGACGCCAGGUGUUGAGGCACCACCCCGACAAUGCUGUGAAUUCGGCAUACCGCUCACCUUCUCAGCGUGGACCGUAUCCAUCUUGGAUCUGGCAGAAGCAGUGUAUGCCAUAUAUAUCUUCAUCGUGAUUGGAUGGAGGAAUGCAUUUGUUGCUGGAUUCAUUCUGAAAUGGGGCUUGCUCGUGAUGUUCGUCUUCUUCGGCAGCCUGGAUGCAAAAGCACUGCAUGCACUUGUAGAGCAAAACCAGAAGGCGGUGUAG